UAUGGUUGAAGUGAGGCUUCUUACCAAGACGCUGACAAACUAUCUCUGCUGCGAGCUGUAAACAGGGACGCAAGUUGUUUGGACACGUCGUGUCAAACAGUCUGUUGUAGCUGUUUAUCGAGAGUAACACAGCUCACUGUGAAGGGAAAAUGGAAGAAGACACACUAACGACGCUGAAAAUACUAAUAAUAGGAGAAAGUGGUGUUGGGAAGUCUAGCCUCCUCUUAAGAUUCACAGAUGACACCUUUGACCCAGAACAGGCAGCGACAAUAGGUGUUGACUUUAAAGUGAAGACCAUUUCUGUGGACGGUAACAAGGCAAAGUUGGCCAUAUGGGACACUGCAGGACAGGAGCGCUUCCGAACCCUGACGCCUAGUUACUACCGUGGUGCCCAGGGAGUCAUCUUGGUGUAUGAUGUCACACGGCGAGAAACCUUUACCAAGCUUGAUAACUGGCUCAAUGAGCUGGAGACGUACUGUACAAGGAACGACCUUGUGAAAAUGCUUGUUGGAAAUAAAAUCGAUAAGGAAAACCACGAGCUAGACAGGGCCGAAGGGCUGAAGUUUGCAAGAAAACAUUCCAUGCUUUUUAUAGAGGCGAGUGCUAAGACCAGGGACGGUGUUCAGUGUGCAUUUGAGGAGCUGGUGGAGAAGAUCAUCCAGACUCCUGGUUUAUGGCAGAGCGAGAACCACGGCCGAGGAGUCCAGCUCACCGACGAGGACGCGGGAGGUGGAUCCUGCGGUGGCUACUGCUCCCUGGUCUAGACGACACGCACACAAAGUACACAAACAUGUUCACACACACACAUGUUCAAACAUACACGUGUGAAUACCUCACACAGUGUCACACACUCAAACACUAACAUAAACACACACACUUGAAAGAACUCCCCUCUUCCCACUGUGUGCUGUCCUGAGCUGAGCUCCCGACUCAGACAUGAAGGCAGUGGAGGUCUGACUGUGUCCCCUCCGCUGAGCUGUAAGGGUUGACCGUCCCACACACUCUACCUGUGUUCACACAGACACUACUUUUUUGCACACUUUCUAAUAGUAAUGCUGCGCUAAAAUGCAAAUGCAGCUCAGCCUUCCUCUUAAUGGAAUUUGAGUGAGUUGACUCUCCUCUGUUUUGUUUUGAGUUACAGUUUUGUGCAGUUUUAAGGACCUUGGUCGAAAUAUACUCAUUUUUCAGUUUCUCAUUGUGCUUUGGCAUUUAAUUUUUAACAGGACGGUUAAGUCCAAAGGUAUAAACCAAAGUUUGUCAGACAAAUGGAUAAGUCUCUGAAGCGUGAUCAUGAGAAUUUUUUUGACCAAGGUUCUCCUCUUGUCUCCAGCAUGCUUUUGUUUCUAGGAGCAUCUCGCCUUAGCAAACACAUCUGUAUCAGUGCAGGGCCGAUUUUCCUCCAAUGUUUAUCUUUCCUCAGCUCUGUCCUGUGCUUGAUCCUGAUCCCCCUCUGCCCCUCCCCCUCCCUCAGCACAGACCCUAUGAACAUUAUGCUGCUUAUAGAGAAGCUUAUCAAGCCGGCCCAUCUCGUAUUCCAUCGCACCACUCUCAGCUAUGAGUUGGAUCAUGCGUCUCUGUUGUCCACACAACUGCCUCAUUUCUUCAGAAUAUAAUAGAGUUACCAAGUGGUUGGAAUGACGUUUUACUGCUUUUAUUGACUUGGACUUCAAACCUUUGGUGUGUUUUGAAGAGUGUAUAAAUCAAAGAGAUUGGCACCAGCAAGCUUUCCACUGGGUGCAGAAGAAGAGGGAACCUCUUAAAAUUGCACGCCUUUUUUGUAACGAGUUGCUUUAAUGGAGUGCGACCUACUUGUACUCCCCCACUCAGACAGAUAAUAUCAGUAAUAUCACUAGGACUGCUACAGUCUUUCAUAUAGAUUCCUUUGACUGUGCAUAGACAAAGGAAAAGUGUUCAAUAUUAAACAGGGCAGUGAGUCAUAAGGGUGUUUCCACUGAAUUUGGAAAAUCAAAGAGCUGCGUGCUCCACAUUGCUAAUGGAUUUCACAGUACUCCUAUCUCUGUGUUUGUAUCUGAGAGGCAGUUAUAAAUGUACUGUACCACUGACCCCGGACUAUGUUUGUAGUAUUCGAGUGCUGUUAUAUGGUCUGAGAAAUCCUGGGAAAUGUAGUUCUGAGAGCUUGACGUAACAGGGAUGGUGAAAGAGACAUGGGUAACAAGCAUGUCUUAUCACAGAUGGGAAUUUUUUUGUUUGUUUUAUUUCUUUUUAUUGCAUGAGAAAUUCUGCGUGCCAUUCUUUUAUGUUUGUUUGUCCAGUGAAUGACCUUCAGAGGCUGUUUACUAUAAACACAUUAACUUAUAUUUAGCUGGAAAUAAAACAUUAAACAUACAGGUUUACCAUUUGAAUUUAAUGGUACUGUGUAAUAAGACAAAAAGUAGGCUUUUACUUAUUAAGCUGUCUUUUUUGUGUUCAGAUAUAUGUUAAAACAUGUUUAAGUUGUAAAUUGUGUGUAUUUUAGGAAUUUGGUGGGAAAAUUCCUGUAUGAAUUGUAAAGCUGAAUGUAUACAUAUUUCACUACAAGCCGCCCAAUGUAUUAAACUAAAUAAAAUUCUUUUUUAAGUGAAUAGAAGUGAAUAUGUCGGUGUUAAUCCAGACUUCAGGAUUGUUGUGGAGCCGUUGACAACUGUUAUUUGAAGAGGGACGGUGAUUAAUAAUGAAGAAUGAGUCCUUUCUAGAAAUCACUUCAAACCUUCAUAACAGAUAACCAAUAACUCUGCUGCCAUCGUUGCCAUGUUGGAAAUGUCACUGUUAGGUGAUGGGUUUUUCACUCAGCGCCCUUCACAUUCCUGUGUCCUCAGAAUAAAGACUUGUGUUUAAACAGUGUCCGAGGAA